GUCCUGUGUGCUAAAUACCCACGAAGGAGGGAAAAAUUAGGGUUUUACAAAUCAUCUCCAUUUCGAUUAAUCAUCACAGCCGAGAAUUAGACCGCGCUUUGAAGAUGGCGAUGGUGCUUCGUUCCUCUCGCAUCGCUUCUCGAUCGAUCCGAGCUUCAAAGAGUCUCAUCGUUCCCGCCACCGGAGCCACCUCGUCUCCGAUCAAUCCUCAGUUCAAGGUCUCUUCUCGACAAUUCAUCGAUCUCCAUAAGAUGGGCAACAAGGAGGCAAUUGAGAAGGAAAAGGCGAGGCUUUCAGAUGAGUUGAGUCGAGGAUAUUUUGCUGACAUUUCAGAGAUUCGUAAGAAUGGUGGGAAGAUUGCUAUGGCUAAUAAAACUCUCAUUCCACUGUUGGAAGCAAUAAAGUUUCCUGAUCUUGAAGUAAACUUGUCCAACGGCAGCAGUUUAAAGCUACCAGUUACAUCUGGAGAAAGUACUGCACACAUCGAUGCUCCUCUAGCAUCACUAUUAUGUCUUUCUUUCCGAGCGAGUUCUCAGACAAUGGUUGAAUCGUGGAGUGUUCCUUUUGUGCAUGCUUUUAAUGACUCGGCAGAAGUCCAAGUAUAUGAGGUCUCUUUUGUGGACUCCUGGUUACUAUCACUAGGUCCAGUGAGGAAGAUGUUCAUCAAAAUGAUGAAGAAAUCUGCUUCUCCCCAACGACAGAUUGUUUAUUCUUUUGGUGACCACUACUACUUAAGAAAGAAACUGCAAAUCUUAAAUCUUCUCACUGGAUACAUUUUCCUGCUGGAUAGGUUUGGGAGAAUUAGAUGGCAAGGUUUUGGUUUGGCAACAGGGGAAGAAGUGUCAUCUCUUUUGUCAUGUGCCUUACUUUUGUUGGAAGAGAAAUGAGGCAAAUUGAUUUGUUGUAUUAUGUUUUUGGCAUAGCAGCAAAUUUUGUAUUGUCUAAUUAGCUAGUCAUGGUCCUGUUAUCAUGAAUUUUUUGGUGGGAAUAAAGUUGAGUCUAAGAAGCUGCGAAUGUUUAGCUCUGCAAUUUGUUAUACAUGCUUAUUCUUGAAUGAUAAUAUGAUCUUUCAACAGUUUUUAUUUA